GGACGCUACUGCUGAUGGAAUAACCACGCUGGUAUGGGACCCAUUCAACCUGAACCCUGACGUUCUGGCUGCCAUAGACAUUGCGGCCCAUGUCAUCCCUGAGGGGCAGUUGCAGCAGCAUGUGGCCCCUCAGAAGUAUGGAUAUCGUGUGAAUUGGGUCCCAGGAUGUCUGCAGCCGGCAAAAGUUGAUGGCAAGGUGACCAUGGCAGUGAAACUGCAGACAGGCCAUUGGCUGCCCUUGGGGUGGAUGCAUGCAGGCAUGGUGGAGCAGUGGCAGUUCCUGGUGGUAGUGGCACGUGUCUCCAUUUUCAAUGCAGAUGUGAAGGACCAUGUGCUGGUUGUGGAGCAUGCAAAGCGGUGCUGGGAGAAGAUAAGGGAGGAGGACUGUCAGAUGGUGUGCAUGGGUUACGACUCCAUGCCAGACCAGAGGAUGUGGUCCAUGGUUGAGGGGAGUCCUGGUGGGCAAGGGCAGGGCGAUGGCGAGAACAGGUACAUGGCUCACAUCCGCCGCAGGCAUGGUUGCCCCGCCCUUGUUGGUUGGGUCCCGGCCGUAUGUCGCAUGACAUACGAGCAAGGUGGAGAGAUGAUGAUGAGGUUCAGGGACCCGCUUAGUGUGUCGUUUCUACUGACGUACUCGGAUGGCCUCCUUCGAGACAUUCGGUAUAUGGUGGCCGAGAACACCCGAGGUGGACAUCGGAGGCCGGGACAGACAGAGGAGACGCGCCCGGGACAUCAGGACGGUUUGUCUGCUGAGGUGGAGGGCCCAUGUGGCGGUGAGCGAGUUGCAGGGUGCUCUGCAGCGCAGGGUGACGUGGCCGGGCCCAGCAAGACAGCGAUGUCCCACAGCCCGAGGAAGGUGAAGGCGGUUGUGUCGAGGCCGCGGAGGGGGAAGACGGUUGGUGACAAGCAAAAGAAGAACCCCCAGCCUGUGCCACAGACCGGUAACAAUGCAGAUGCGCCUGCACGGGUCCACAGACGCCGCAGACACCCCGGGAUGGCAGCCUUGACAGAGAUCAGGAAGCUGCAACGAUCCACCGACCUUUGUAUCCCUUUCAGGCCCUUCUUACGCGUCGUCCGCGAGGUGGUGGAGAAGGACAUUACCCCUAAUAAGGGCCUGAGGUUCCAGAUGACAGCUGUGCGUGCUUUGAUGGAGGUUGCGGAGGCUUACCUGGUCGCCAACUUCGAGAACACAAACGAAGUGGCGAUCCACUCGAAGAGGGUGACCAUCCAGGUGAGGGAUAUGAGGCUGGUGGAUAGGUUGACGAAGCCUCGCUGGGUGGAGAAAUAUCAGGGGAUAUUGGACGAGAGGGCUCGAGCUGAGGACAGGCAGCGACGGAUGGAUGCCAGACAGGCUGAGAGGGAAGGCCGGGGAGCAGGCGCGAAGAAGAGAAAGAAGUUUAUGGUGAGUGUGGCGAAGGGAUGGGACAUGCUUGUUGAAGGGGCGAACUACGAGUUGAAGAGGGGUGCUGCAGAAAUACUAGUGCUGUCCAGAAUCAAGGACAUAACACAAACACCGCCCCAGGACUUACAAGAGCUUCCCGUGAUUGUUGCAGACGGUGUGGAAUACGUUCUGCUUGAUCAGCUAUGUGACCUCAUGAACAAGACAGAGGACGACAGGAAUGUCAUUCAUGAGGCCUUGCACGAAGUCACAGAGUACGCCGUGCAGGGUCGAGAUCUCAUUGAUUUUGUGCCAGCGUCAGCAGGACAGGAGAUCAUUAAGGACUUGGUGUAUAUGGACAUGUGUGAGGGUUUCUUCUUAGGGGAACAACAGUUGGCAGAGCGCAGAGACGAUGCAGAGCACAGAGAUGAUGCAGAGGAGGAGGAGGAGGAAGAGUACGAGGGGUCUGACGUGGAGGUGAGCGGCAGCGACGUCAGCAGCGACGAAGUGGACGACGACAAUGAUGUGUACUACGAUCUCAAGACGGCCUGUGGACAAGUAACCAAAGGUUGGGCACAUGCAAUCCUCAGCGAGGACGCGGGGGCGGAGGACGACGCGAAUGGGGCAGCCGGUGAUAACGCAGAGCCGGCAGCGCAACCCGUCGAGCCUUUUGACAGCUCCCGCAGGCUAGCAGCGCUUAUUUUCUCCGCCAGGGGCGCCAGGGGCGGCGUCGGUAUGUCACAUACGGACGUUGAUGCACUCUUGUCACUUCUCAAAGACCCGGGACUCAGCGCGACGGACAUUGCGUAUCGCAACAGUCGAAAAUGCUUCGUAUGGGCGGGCAGUCUAGCAGAGACCGCUGGGUGGAAGGAGUUGGAUCUGCGUAGUGACGACUGGCCUCGAGAAGCGCACGCCGUCUUAUGGUACCGCGAUUGGCGAACUGCAUUCUUAUCGAUAAUGCACGUCGCGUUGCAGAAAUGCGAGACGGUUCAUUCCCUCGAGGUUUCCCCGCCGUCGGAGGACAACAGUGUAUCCGGUCCGCGCAGCGGGGCGCUCAGUUAUCACACGCUGUCAAUCAUUCGAGCGCACAAAGGUGUUGACGAGAAUGGAUAUUCACGAUAUGUAAUCCCUCUCUCACUGUACUCCGACAAGACACACACAGACGGUCGUCAGAAACAAACGGCAUACCCUCUUAUGAUGUCGCUAGCCGACCACGCGUCGGAAGCCACUCUGCUGGCCUAUCUUCCCGUGCUUCAUUAUCGACCCCGUGACAAAGGAUGGGGUCUACAGUCCACCGCAUUCAGGAAGCGAAAGGUCGUCAUCUUCCACAAGGCCCUUUCGACGGUCUUGCAAGCUGCGAAGGAGGCAUCGCACGACGGCAUCACGAUACCGUCGACGCGAUUCGAAGACGUGACUGUCCACCCUUUCCUCCUCAACUAUAUACAGGACUACCCAGAGCGAUGUGCGCUGGCGAAUGUGAAGUUUGGUGUAUGCCCUACAUGCACCGUGUCGAAAACGGACCUCGAUGUCGUGGCCGAUUUCACGGACAGCAGGAGAUCCCAGACGCUGGAAACUCAACUCGCAGCAGCUGUGUUCACGACGGACGACGAUGACGUGCGCCGUGCGGCGGAACGGCGAAUGGCGGAGUUGGACAUGCAUAGGCAUGUUAAACAGAACGACCUUUGGGGGUUCUACAGGGGGCUGAGUGGCGAUGAUCCUCAGCUAGACUACCACCUCGCAUUGCAACCAGACCGUAUGCACACGAUCGAACACGGCAUAUUCCUGCACAUGAUCGACGCAUUCAGGGUGGCAGCCUUUGAGAAGUUGCUGAACACACCGCAAACAGAGAUCCUGAAAGAACUCGAUGCGAGAUUGCAAUGCAUUAGUGAGAGAGGUACGCGAACAUAUCCCCAACUUGUGCUGCCCGUGGCCACAGGCAGCGAUUUUUUUUCUCGAGAGGGAUGCUUCGAGGCGAAGCAAAACCGGUCUUUGAAAGCCGCGGGAAAGAAGGACAAGUUUCGGAAGAAAUCGAGGGCCGAAAAUAAGCAGUCGAAAGAGCAUCGCAGAAGCGGCGCCGGCCCCUCUGCGAAAACGGAGCACAAGCGUAGCCGCAAAUCCGGAUCGAAAGUUACAGUCCCUUCGAGUGCACGGAAGAUUUCAACGCUGAAAGAACGUAACGAGUCGCCCCCCUCGACCCCCGUCCGGGGAAAGCGCGGAAGAGGCGCCAAGAACCGUCCGCCAAGGGCCCCGAAAAAAAGAUCGCGGGAUGAUAGAAGCGCGACUACGCACCGCAGAACAAAGAAGAGAAUAUCCUAUAAAGACGACAGAACAGUGGAGACAAUCGAUAUUAGAGGGUCUGACGACAGGCACAGCGGACCCCAAGUGGAAGAAAAGGAGGAACACGACCGUUCCGCGCCAGAGAAGUCAGAUGGUGCGGAGGACGAGGAGCCAGAAAACGAGGGAGACGACAACGAUUCUUCCCGCAGACAAUCGCAAGACACCGAUGAGAACGACGACAGCGACGGCAAGUCGGCCAGCGAGAGAACCGGCGAAGACCAGAGCGCCGCUUCGGAAAGAGGUGAUUCGCCAUUUCCUUCGAGGACGCUGCGCAGAGAAGGAGAACGGCAGGCGCGCAAUGGCAGCGACACCGAGGAGUGUGUCGGUGACAGACAAAUCGUACAGCACGUCAGCGCCGCCGAAAAAGAGGAUGCGUUUUUCACGGCGGUGCAAGCGACGGUGAAACUGGCAGGGGAGACAGCAGAGGAAGGGCUGCGGUCUCACAUAGCAGAGUGCGGGAUUCGAUCUGUCAUAGGGGAAUGAAACAGAAUAAUGACGACGAUCCGCGGAGAGAUUACAUGGCAGCUGAAACAUUGGUUUUUGGCUGAAAAAGGGAUUCCGCUCGUCGGAUCGCAGCAAACGGACCACCACCUCCUCGCAACAAGAUGCGCACCGAAAUGAAGGAGAACAAGACGU